AACACUUUCUUCUAAAAUGUCUCCUGCAGGGCAUCUAAUAACCCUGCUCCUUCUUGUCACCAAUUCAUUAGCGCAAGAGAAAUCUGUGGUACCUGAGGAUAGGAUUUAGAGUAAAGCAAGUGCAGUGAGAAGACACUCCAUCCUGAUGGCUCUGAAAAGCCAGAGGUAUCAAUGGAAAUGCAGGCUGCAUUAGUGGAACUACAACAGAGGAGAAGAAGGAAUGAAGAUGGCAGAUAACCCAUAAAUGGCAACUAAAACAGCACGAUGUGGAGUCAGCUUUACAGAUCCUUAUAAACCUGUUCAAAUCCAAGUUCAGGAAGACUUUCAGUGCACCUGGAACAUAGAAAGACCAAGCAAUUUGACCACAAGAGUCAUCUUCUCCGUCCUCGACUUGAAUCCAUCUGCAGAUUGUUCCCAAGAAAAUAUUACUAUCUUUGAUGAGAACAAUGAUGUUUUAGGAGUCCUGUGUCCAAAUUCUCCCAAGAUUAAUGUGUUUGAAUCUGAAGGCAAUGUGGAUAUCAGGGUGUCCACUGACUCUACAGUAUAUGCAAGGACAGCAUAUUUCUUAUACUACUCUGUUACUCCAGACAUUGAUCUUAACUGCGGAGACGAUCUCCAAGGUUAUUCAGGAAUCAUCUCCAGUCCCAAUUAUCCCAAUCGCCAUCCACACUUUGCAUUCUGUUUGUGGCACCUGGAAGCACCAAAGAAUACGAAACUGAAGCUUUCUUUCAGUGAAAUCUUUGUAGAAGUUGAUGCUCUCUGUCGAUUUGACUUAAUUGCGGUCUACGAUGGUCCAGACACUAACGCACCUCUCCUGGAUGUCCUGUGUGGUCGGAGAACCGCAGAGCUGCAGACCACUUCCAAUUCUUUGACUUUGCUGUUUAGCGCAGAUUACGCAAACUCCUAUUUUGGUUUCUCUGUUAAAUAUUCAGCAUUACCUGAAUCCAGCGACAGUUCAAUGAGUUGUUCGGGCGACUCCAUGCUGGUUGUUCUCAAUCCAGCUUUUAUCAAUGCUCAGGGAUACAGCGCCUCCAACCUGACCCUGAUCGAUCCUUCCUGUGUCGCUCAGUCAGCCGAUCCUUUGGUAUUUGAGGUGCCGUACUAUGGAUGCGGCACGGUUAAAAAGGUAGAGGACAACCUUAUUUAUUACACCAAUACAAUCUCUGCUAAACCAAGCAGUGGCGUGAUCACAAGGGUCAACAGGCUGGAGAUCGUUGUGACCUGCGAGCUGGACAAUAACGCUACAGCAGAGAUUAUGUACAUGACGCGGGAUGACAUCAUCCAUAGCCUACACGAGAAUGGCAAAUACGACGCCAGCUUGGCCUUCUAUACGUCACAGGAUUUCACCACUCCAGUGCUGGACUCUCCUUACCUCAUCGACCUCAAUGAGCCAGUAUACAUUGAGGCUUCAGUAAAGACCCAGGACCAAGACCUCACUGUACUUGUAGAUACCUGCUUUGCAUCCCCCAAUGCAGAUUUCCAAGCACCUAAUUACGAUCUUAUCAGAAGCGGAUGUACAAAAGACAACACUUACCAGAACAUCAAUUCUGGCAGUGGAUUUGCCCAGUUCAGCUUCAAUGCCUUCAAGUUCCUGAAUGCACAUACGUCUGUGUAUCUCCAGUGCCGGCUAAUAAUAUGUGACAUUAAUGACCCCGAUUCCCGCUGUAACAAGGGAUGUAUCACACGUCAGCGCAGAGAUCUGGGCUCCAAGGAAUGGAAAACGAAUGCGGUGCUUGGACCCAUCCGUCUCAAGCGUCACAGUGAAUCAGAAGCUGCAGGUUCCAUCGGUGAAAAGAAAGAAGAACCUGUCAAGACAGACCAAGGCAGCUUAUAUGUUGUGGUCAUCUCUGUUCUGGUGGUCAAUGUAGUCAUAUUAGCACUGGUGCUGAUGAGAUAUUACAGGAAGCAAUCUACUGAAUACAGAUACCUCCCAGUGGCCACACAAUAAGCCAUGCCUCCAUACAUAUCGGCCCCUUAGUGCUCUGCACAGGGCAGGAUACCUCACAAAAAUAAAAGCACAAAAGCAAGAACUUCUCUCUACAAAUUUCUGUGUGGCUGAGACACUAGAUGACAAUGGCCACUAAGUGCAUUCUGAUUAAUAUUUUAUUAGUAGUAACAUAAUUAGCAUCUGAAACCAUUUACAGGGGUUUUCCGGGACUUCAAUGCGUUAUCUACCUUAGGGGGCCUUUUGGCCAAACUUCCCCUACACAGGGUUAUGGCUUCUUCAGAGUCCCCCGCUGCGGCACUGUGGUCCCGCUUGUCAACUUGUGGUUUGAUAGGGGCCAUGUGUGCAGCUGCAGCCAAUGAGUGGCUGCAGUGGUGAUGUGUUCCCCAUGUAUCAUGUCAAUGGGUCACUCGAUCCACAGGCGAAAAGUCACCACUGCGGCCAGUGAGCACACAUGACACAAGUCAAACCGGAUAUUGGCAAGUGGACCCAGAGCACAGCAAUGGGGGAUGAAAGAUCCGAAAGCCUGCGGCGGGGAACAAGUAUGUAUGAUUCUCUACAAUGGUCCAGCAACAUGGGGGGGUUCUAGCUGAAAGGCCACCAAAAGGUGGAUAAUCGCUUUAAAUAUAGAUGGCCUAAAUCUAGUAAUACAUUCCCUGUCAUUGUGUUAUAUCAAUAAACAAAAGAAACAGAGCAAUGCCAUUUUCACUUUUCGGGGGCCUUUCAGCCGGACCCCCUCCCCUACGUACUCCUGUGGAGAGGAGGGGUUGCUGAUCCCAUCCAACAACUCACUGCUACAGAAAUUAAGACCGUUGACAGAUUUUGGCAGAAACAACAUGCUGCUCUCUGGGUCUCAAAUGUCAACCCCACAGCUUGUAUGUUGGCAUCUCGGGAGAGAUGACAGAUUCUCAUUAAAUGGGUUAUCCCAUGGAAAGUACACUCAUUGACAAAAAAAUAUAAUGCACCCACAUAGAAAUUGCUGCAAAACUCUGCAUGCAGUUAUGUCUCAGGCAGAUAUGUGAAUGAUUAGAGGUGUGGUCUAAUUAGACACUGGGUCAUGCCACAGGAGGCUGUAAAAGUGCUUCUCCCACUGCCCUAUAAAAAAAAAGUCUCUCAGAGGCUACUUUUGAGAAGUGUACCUCUUGGUGUGAUAGGAUUGACUCCUAGACAUGCCUCUGCAUCGCACUCAAAGACAUCUUGCCAGUUGAAAGACUUUGGGAGACAGCGCAUCAUCGGACUGAGAGAAGCAGGAUGGUCGUUUCAACAAAUUGCCCACCAUUUAGGCAGUGCUGACGUAGCUGUUAGGAGUUGUUGGGAGCAGUGGUUGUGAGGUUAGGCACACAUGACGAACAGUCUCUGGACAGCCCAGACAGACCACCAGUAGAAUGAGAAGGAGCAGCUCCCAAUUAUGUUGUCCACCAUCCAGACACAGGUGGCAUCUUUAUUACACCCCCCUUCUUCUGCUUAGCAGAAGAAAAUUUGGUGUCACAGUGCCCAUUACAUGUCAUGCUAUUGACAGCCAACCACCAUCACCUUCGUUUGCAGCUGUGUCAUGAAUGAGAAACCUGGACUGCUACAGAUCGUAUCAUUUUGCGAUGAAUCCAGGUUCUGUAUGGG